AUGGCCGUGUCUCCUGGCAGUGCAAUGUUUACGCAGUGUGAAGAAAUUAUUUGGCCGAGCGGGGCGGGUGGCGGGCGGCGGGCGGUGGCGGGCCCGAACCCCCCCGGACCGGACCCCAGGGAAAAAGCCGAGAGCAAAGGACAAAGAAAACCACCGGAGCCCAAACCCCCAAACCGAAGGGGCGACCCAGGGCGGCACGGCGGAAAGGGCCCGGAGGGCACGGCAACGCCCCCCCAGUCCCCGGGCCCCGACGAAGCCGCCCCCACCUGCACCAGAAGCCACCGACCUCGCCCGGAAACGGAACACGGACACCCCGUGCCCCCCACCCCGUAG